CAGCGGAAGCCCCGGGGAACGGAGCCCGCGCGCAGCACCGUUGCGGCACCCCGCAGCGCGGCGGCGGAGCGCGGCACGUGGCGGCGGGAACGGGACGCGGAAUGGCUCCGGGAGGCAGGAAGCGCGCCAAGCGGCGCCCGGCCGAGCCGGAGGCGCAGGCGGAUCCUCCUGAGAAGCGGCCCCGUGGCAAGGCCGAGGGCAGCCCCGGGGACACCGGUGGCCCCCGCGUCGUCAUCGAGCACUGCCGUAGCUGACGCGUGUAUGGGCGUAACGCGGCGGCGCUGAGCGAGGCCCUGCGCGGGGCCGUGGCCGCCCUGGCCGUAGAGAUCAACCCGCGGCAGCCCCGCAGGAACAGCUUCGAGGUGUCCCUGGUGAAAGAAGACGGCAGCACCGUGCAGCUGUGGAGCGGCAUCGGGAAGGGGCCGCCCCGCAAGCUGAAGUUCCCCGAGCCCGCGGUCGUGGUGGAGGCUCUGCGGAACAGCCUGGCCUAGAGGCGGCGAGCACGGAAUGCGAGCGGCACGGACAACGGCGCGCCGGGAGCGGCCUCACGGAGCGAGCGCCCAUGAAGAGGCGGCACCAAGGGGGGGCACCGCCCCCAGUAUCGCCUCCGACCUCGCAGCUCCUCCGCGGAAAUGCGGCCCGCAGCCGUUAUCCAGCACCAUUUUCCCAAUAAAGCUCUGCGGCUCCGUCACACA